AGAAACGGGGAAUUGGUUCCAGAAGCAGGGAUGGAGUGCCCAAACUGCGAACGUCGCAUUGAUAAUAGUGAUGUUUCAUCACAGUGGCCAGGACUCCCUAUUGGUGUUAAAUUUGAUCCAACGGAUCUUGAACUGCUUGGACAUUUAGAAGGCAAGAUUGGCAGGGCAGUGUCCCAUGUACUAAUAGAUGAUUUUAUUCCAACCAUAGAGAUGGCGGAGGGAAUCUGCUACACACAUCCGGAAAAUCUCCCUGGUGUCAAAUUAGACGGGAUCGCCAGUCACUUCUUCCACAAAAUAUGCAAUGCCUAUGAUGUUGGCACACGCAAGCGUCGCAAGAUUAGCAGCAACGACUACAAUGUUUGUGAUGAGAAUCUCAGAUGGCACAAGACUGGAAAAUCCAGACAUAUCUUAAAUAAUAACGGUGACAUAAAAGGGUGGAAGAAAAUAAUGGUUCUUAGGAAAGGAGGUGCCAAGGCAGAAAAGACUAAUUGGACGAUGCAUCAGUAUCACCUUGGGGUAGAUGAAAAUGAAAAGGACGGGGAGCUUGUUGUUUGCAAAGUCUUCUUUCAGUUGCCGUCAGAGAAAGCUGGGCAGUCUGCAAUGCUCGCUGUUAAUGAAGAAUCCGAUUCAUUUGCUGGGAAAAUCGAUCCUACAACCCCAAUGACAUACCCUCUGCAGCCUUGUCGCCCAAACGGUAGUCCAUCCGAAACCGAGCAGAAUCAGGAGGAGGAAGAGUUCCGCCUAUCUGCUGUCCGGGGAGCCGCGGAAUGGCUCGCCGGAACCUCGUCGCAUGCCUUUGAUGAACACCCGUCACGCGGCAGAACCCCGGACGCUGCCUACCCUGAGAAGCAGCAUCUGCUUCUUGUUGACACGGACGCGCUCCAAGGGUUCCCCCACCUCGGAACGUCUCCGCACUUCUCCUCUCUGGCCGACAUGCAGCUUGACUCGCUGGAUAGCUUCAACAGCUGGCUGGAGCACAUGUAGCAUAACGCGUCGAGGAAGUUUUUAUUUAUUUUUAAACGGAGGCCAAACUCAUCGAGGAGGGGUUCUGAAGUAGGGGCGCAACGC